UGGAUUCCCGGAAGUCGGGAUGCAUUGGGGCUGACGUAUCGCUGCCUUUGAAUCAACUAGUAACCACCUACUCAUCUUAUCGUGUCUACGUACUUCUUUCACUCUUGUUUCUUCUUAUUUAUACCCUUUUUCCCAAACUUUCGUACAACGCAAUCAACCUCACGACUCUGUAUUCGCAAAUCAACAUCAUCAUACAACCCACAUCAUGGCCACACGAGCAGCCCAUAAGCGUCUCACAAAGGAGUACAAAAACAUCACAGAGAACCCCCCGCCGUACAUCACAGCCCACCCCUCCGAAUCAAACAUCCUAGAAUGGCACUACAUCCUCGAAGGCCCCAAGGAUACUCCCUACGCCGGCGGUCAAUACUGGGGCACCUUGGUGUUUCCCCCCGACUACCCCUUCGCCCCACCCGCCAUCCGCAUGCACACCCCCAGCGGUCGCUUCCAACCCUCCACACGCCUCUGCCUCAGCAUCUCCGACUUCCACCCCAAGAGUUUCAAUCCCGCUUGGGAAGUCAGUACUAUCCUGCUGGGUCUGCAGAGUUUCAUGACCAGCGAGGAAAUGACCACUGGCUCCUUGUCUGCCUCAGCGGCCGAGCGCAUCGUCUUUGCGACUCGCUCGAAAUGGUGGAACAGUACGGGCGGUGGCUCUUCCAACCGCACCAUUCCCGCAGUCUCGACCCAACCUAGCAGCAACACCCGCGGUUUCGGCGCAAUCAGAGCUGGCGACGGCGGUGUAAAGUUCAAGGAAGAAUGGCCAGAGCUGGACGAGGAGAAUUGGAAGUGGAUGGAAGAACACAAGAUCGAUGCUCAGACUGGCAAGGCUGUUGUGGUGCCUCCUCCUGCCGCGAACACUGCUUGUUCGCCAGAGACCAAUGCGCUGAGGAAGAGACCUGUGGGCAGUCACCCUGGUUUGGGCGCUGUGGUUGAAGGAGGCCAUGUUGCCCGCGAUGCUGGGCAGAGUUGGUUGAGGAGGAACAGAAUGUAUGUUGCUCUGGGCCUCAUCUUUGGCUACGUUGUGCUUGCACGAGCUCUGGGCGAGCCUGCUUCUUGAGCGUAUACACCUUCUUCAUAAAGCAUUACUACAUGUGUCUUUAGCCUGGGCGUUGGGGAAUUGAAAUGGAACAGAGAGGUCUGCAUGGAAAUGGAGUUUCGGGUCGUUAGGGACAUGGGAGAAAUCACUACUCGGGCUUUCUUUUGGAUCAAGGCAUCGUAUAUACCACACUCAAUUGUAAAUUUUGUCACCAAGAACGAACAACAGCUGGGACCUA